AUGAAUAUAAACUCUGAUACAUGUACAACACAACAGAAAGAUGGUAAAACUAAAAGAAGACGUUCUUUACAACUCAAUAGAACGAUGAGUGCCUUAUCGAUGACAAGCUUCACUGCUUUAUCAUCUAGCAAUAAUCAUAACAUUAACAACUCAAAUGUGACCUCAAAUGCAUCAUCAUUUUCAAGACCUCAUAGUGGUAAACCCAAUAGAAGUCUUAUAAGUAGUUCAAGCACACCAAGAGUACUGCGAACUAUGAGUAAUUCUUUACAAGAAGUAUCUUCUAAUUUGAGUACUAAAAGGCAGCCGACACAAUUACAGUCAUCAGCAACAGCAUCAAAUGCUGAUAUAGAUCCUCCUACUACAAAAAGUAAUCAAAAGAAAAAGCAAAAAAACGAAAAGGUAACAAGGAAACAAUCAUUCGCUGGUAGAAUGUUAAGAAAGCUAUCUUCAAAUACAUCGUCACCUUCUCAGUCUGAUGCUCAUUCACAUCAACAACAUGCACACACUCGUCCCCAUACUCAUCAUCAAUUUAAGACUAACACACCAUCAAAUUCAUCCAUUUAUUCGGGUAAAUCUAAAUUAAAUAAAAAAGCUAGCAUUGGUACGCUAAAUACAACUUCAAAUGCUUCCAAUGUAACUGGAAGUCCGGGAACUACAUCAAAAAUAUCGCGAAGAUCUUCAACUAAUUCUGCUAACGUCCACGAUAUGGAAAACUCAACCACAACUUCACUGUUUCGAAAAGUAAGCAAUGUAUUAGGCCAUGGCUCGUCGAUUAAUAGUAAAGAUAAUAAAGAUAGCACAAUUCUUUCACCUAAUUCAAAUCCAUUUAAUUCUCCAAGUAACAGUAGAAGGUCUUCACAAGUUAGCAAUGUUGCUACAAAUAAUAUAUGUACAAUAGACGCAAAUACUAAUGCCUCAUCAAGAUUACAAAACCAGGUUCUUUUCAAUGUCAAUGAGGAUAUACCGACUAAGGACAAUAACGAUAAUCAUAUUAAGGGUAAUAAUACUAAGGCUACUACAGCCACUACUACCACUUCUAAUAAUAAUGUACCCAUCGGCGAAAAAGAAGUAACGUCCGGUGGGAAACCAAAGAAGAACAAAAUAUUAAAAAACUUGAAAAAGGACAACACUGAUAAUGGAAACAUAACUCUUGUUUUAAAUAAUAACAAGAAAAUAGAGAAUGUCGAAGAGGAUGAGGAAGAUAAGACUGAAUCUGAAAGAAGCUCAUCUUUCCCCCCAUUAGUCAAUCCAAAUGCUUUUAAGCUAGAUACAAAUUUAGAAGAUGUUUCUGACAUUACUAACAUCAAUAAAACGGGUAGUAUACCACAUGACCUAAUGAACACCAACACAAAAAGCUCAAAAUCGAUUGGUACAGAUACGUUGUUGCUAUCUCAAAAGAGAUCACGUUCCUUAGCAGAUGUGGUUACAUACUCAAACAAUCAGGAUAAUUUAUCAUUUCUUUCAAAUAUGGACUCUAUGCGUGAACUCGAUAUAAAUGGGGAUCCAGAAGAAAGUUUUAUUGAUGAAGAAGAUGAUGACGACUUUAAAAAUGAAGAUUACGACUCUGAAGCUGAAAGUAUUAAGGACAAUGACUCAGAUAUGAAUAUAGAAUUAGAGAGUCAAAAUCCUAAAAAACAAUCCCGAAAAAUAAGUGGUAAAAAUUUUAAAGAGGAGAAAAAUAAUGAAUCUUUUUCUGAUUUAUCAACAUCAGACAGUUCAGAUAAUUCAGAUCCGAAUUUGGAUAGGAAGCAAAGGGUAUCCAAAAUUUCAAAACUUCAUAGUUCAAAAAAACCAAAGCAAUGGGUUGCUCCAGAAAGUUGGGAUGUUGAAUUAACUGCUUUGGAAAAUACGAGACAACGAAGAUCAAAUUCAAAUCGUAGUAGAUCAAAUUCUGCAAAUUCUAAUCGUCAUCGCCGUCGCCAUCAUCACCACCAUCACCAUCAUCAUUACCAAGAUACUUCUGAAGCAAAGAUUGCUAAUAAUGCGAAUCUCGCGAGUAAUAAUAAUGAUAAAGAGGAUCCAAGCAUUCCUACUUCUUCGACUAAUAUAAAAAAUAAUGAAAGCAUAAUUGCUAAUAAAUUAAACACCAAUUUAAACCAAGGUAAAGCUUCCAUGCUAAAUUCUUAUAAUGACACAACUUCUAUAUCACCAACUGAUAAAUCAGAAAUUAUUCAAUCUAACAACUCAAAAGUACUAUCUCAUUUGCAUAAUAGACUACUAAUGACCCCAUCUACUAUAAAUACUUCCCAGAAUUCUAACCAUAUUGUAUAUGAUAAUGAUCAGCAGGGCAACACUGUGUUAGCUAGCUCUAAGAAAUCUACUUCUCUAAAUUCUAGCACUGAUAACAAUAACACUGUAUUCUAUUAUAACGACGAAGACGAGUCCUAUUCUCCUACCACUACAAGCGAGACAUCUAGCGGCUCACUUUCUGAUUCGAGCAGCACAUGGUCAAAUGAAUAUAGACAUCAUUCUAGAGGUAAAACUGUUGAUUCAAACGGUAACCAUCUAAAUAAUGAAGAAUUAAAUGAUGCUACUGAAUACUUCACGACAUCUCAUAGCAGUUAUAGAGAUAUUCGUGGAGGCACAGAUAUGGCUUAUGGAUUCGAUGAGGAUGUCGUUGAUACUAGUCAUUAUACUCCUUCUGUGGCUAAGCCUGCGGAUGGUGGAAGUAUAGGUGGGGGUAGUUUAGGAGCGCAUAGUUCAGUCGGUAGUGGAUCAUACUCCCGCCAGAAACAUGAUAACAGCAAUACUACAGAUGAUGAUGAUAAAGAUAUAUACAGUAUGGAUAGACAUAGUUUUGGAAAUUAUGUAAUCAGAGAUAAGAUUCGCAGUUCCAGUGGUUCAAAAUCAACAUCUGCUGUGGAUAAUUUUGAUGAGGAUUGCUUAAAUCCCGCCCAUCCCCAUAAUAGUUUGAACUUCUUUUUCUCAAAAUCAAAAAAUGUAUCAAGCCAUUCACUACAUAAGCCAACUAUGUCUUCUUCGGACCAGUCAAAAUAUAGCAACAUAUUAAAGACAGAUAGUGAAAAUACUGUUAUAUUCACAAAAGAUGAUGAACAACAUGACCAGGCAGAAUAUGAAUUAGAGAAAUAUUACAAAGAUUUUAGCGACUUGGAUCCUAAAAGGAAUUAUGCCAUUCGUAUUUUCAAUACCGAUGAUACAUUUACUACGUUAUCAUGCACUCCUGGUACGACAGUGCAAGAUAUGAUUCCAACUUUAAGAAAAAAGUUUAAUACGACUCAACAAGGUACUUUCCAAAUAUCUCUGAAAGUUGGUAAAUUAUCUAAAAUUUUGAAACCACAAUCGAAGCCUAUUAUUAUUGAAAGAAAAUUAUUGCUUUUGAAUGGUUAUAAAAAAACAGAUCCGCUUCACAUUAUGGGUAUAGAGGAUUUAAGUUUUGUGUUCAAAUUUCUUUUCCACCCCGUAGCUCCUUCGCAUCUUACAGCUCAACAAGAACAAAAAUUAUUAAGAGGUGACUUUAUUCAUGUUGAUUUAAGGAGCAUGGGACUAACAACCCCACCAAUUAUUUUUUAUCAGCACACCUCAGAAAUUGAAAGUCUUGAUGUUUCGAACAACGCUAAUAUUUUUUUACCAUCUGAAUUUAUUGAGAGUGGGAUAAAUUUAUCGAGUUUAAGGAUGGUAAAUAUUAGAGCAUCUAGAUUUCCAACAAACGUUACCGACGCUUAUAAAUUAAUAUCCUUAGAAUUACAGAGAAAUUUUAUUAAAAAAGUCCCAAAUUCAAUAUCUAAAUUAACUAAUUUAACAAUUUUGAAUAUGCAAUGUAAUAGUUUAAGUAAGCUGCCCAAAGGUUUUGCAAAAUUAAAAAACUUGCAACUAUUAGAUUUGUCAUCUAACAAUUUUGUAGAGUAUCCAAUUGUAAUAAAUCAUUGUUCUAGUUUACUACAAUUUGAUCUGUCGUACAACAAGAUACAGUAUCUUCCACCAAAUAUUAAUUUGUUAAAUAAAAUCGCCAAAAUUAACCUUUCUCACAAUAAAUUAUUGGAGAUAACAGACUUAUCUAGUUUGAAGAAUUUAAGAACUUUAAACCUACGCCAUAACAGAAUUACUACUGUUAAGACAUCUGCCAUAAAUUUACAAAACUUGUUUUUGACGGAUAAUAGAAUUUCUACAUUUGAUGAUGCGUUGCCAAAAUUACGUGCUCUAGAGCUACAAGAAAACCCAAUAACCUCAAUAACUUACAAAGACUUCUUCCCUAUUAACAUGACUAAUUUAUCUCUGAAAAAGGCUAAGUUGUCUAGCAUUCCAGGUGAAUUGUUUUUAAAAUUGCAUAGACUGCAAAAAUUAGAAUUGAGUGAAAAUAACUUAACUCAGCUUCCAAAAGAAAUUUCUUGUUUGAAUAAAUUGGUAUAUCUAUCAGUUGCAAGAAAUAAACUGGAGGGGUUACCAACAGAAUUUUCAAAGUUAAAGAAUUUAAAAUCACUAGAUUUACAUUCAAAUAAUAUUCGAAAUUUCAUUUUGGGUACCGAAGAUAUUGAAUUGACAUAUUUAAACAUUUCCUCUAAUGCUUUCGGUGAAUUUGCCUUAGAUGGAACAUUUUUCCAAACAAUUACUAACCAAUCUAGAAUGGCCAAGAGCCUGUUGUUUUUCAUUGCGGCAGAUAAUCAAUUCGAUGAUAGAAUUUGGCCAUUAUUUAAUUGUUUCGAAAAUUUAAACGUCUUAAAUCUUUCAUAUAACAAUUUUACUGAUAUUUCAAACUUAAAAAUACAAAACUUAACUGAACUAUUUUUUUCAGGUAAUAAGUUAACAACGUUACCUGGCGAUACUGUUCUAAGGUGGCUAUCUUUAAAGGUACUGAUGCUGAAUGGUAAUCAUUUACUAUCGUUACCAGCCGAACUAUCAAAGUUAUGCCAGCUAACAGUCUUUGAUAUUGGCUCAAACCAGUUAAAAUAUAAUAUAUCGAAUUAUCAUUAUGAUUGGAAUUGGAGAGAUAAUAAAGAAUUAAGAUAUCUAAAUUUCUCUGCUAAUCGAAGAUUUGAAAUUAGAUCUACAGCUAGUAGAGAUAUAAAUGCAGAUUUAUCUGAUUUUAGUGUUUUACCAAAUUUAAAAGUAUUAGGUUUAAUGGAUGUCACUUUAAAUACUUCUAAAGUUCCCGAUGAAGGUUAUAAUUUUAGAUUAAGAACUACUGGUUCUGUGAUAAAUGGUAUGAUGUAUGGUGUUGCUGAUUCUUUGGGGCAGAGGAAUUACGUAUCUUCAAGAGAUGUUACUUUUGAAAGAUUUAGAGGGAAAGAAGAUGAAUGCUUAUUGUGCCUACAUGAUGGUAAGAAUCAAACAUCUGAUAUAGGACAUAAUAUUUCAAGAAUUGUAAGGGACAUAUAUGAUAAAAUAUUAAGAAGGCAAUUAGAGAAAUAUGGGGAAGAUGAUGAAGGAGUUAAAAAAGCUCUUAGAUUUAGUUUCCUACAAUUGAAUAAAGAAAUUAAUAUAAUGCUAUAUUCUGUGGAUAACGGGACUAGAGUUGAAAACCUAACUUCUGCCGACCUUUUGAGUGGUGCCUGCUCUACCAUUAUUUACAUUAAAGGAAAUAAACUUUUUACUGCAAAUAUCGGGGAUUGUAUGGCUAUACUUUCUAAGAAUAAUGGUGAUUAUGAAAAGUUAACUACACUUCAUGUUCCAUAUAAAACUGAAGAAUAUGAACGUAUACGAAUUUCUGGUGGUUAUGUCAAUAAUGAUAAAUUAGAUGGUAGUGUUGAUGUUUCUAGGGCGGUAGGAUUUUUUGAUUUACUUCCUCAUAUCCAUGCUUCUCCAGAUAUUUCCAUGGUGACUCUGACAAAGUCAGAUCAGAUGUUAGUUAUUGCCACCCAUAAACUUUGGGAAUACGUUAACUAUGAAACUGCAUGUGAUAUCGCUCGUGAAAAAAGCUCAGACCCAAUGCUGGCUGCAGAAGAAUUGAAAGAUCAUGCGAUUGCGUAUGGUUGUUCCGAUAAUAUAACAAUUCUUUGUCUAGCGCUUAAUAAAUCCGCAAACCAACAAAAUAGAUUCGUCGUCAAUAAGAAUUCAUUGAUGACCAGGAGGACGACAUUUGAAGAUGCUACUUUAAGAAGGUUACAAGCGGAAAUCGCCCCACCCACAGGGAAUUUGGCAGUGGUGUUUACAGAUAUCAAAAAUUCUACUGUUCUUUGGGAACUCUUUCCAAAUGCAAUGAGAACAGCAAUUAAAACGCACAAUGAUAUCAUGCGUCGUCAAUUGAGAAUUUUUGGUGGUUAUGAAGUUAAAACUGAAGGUGAUGCUUUCAUGGUUACAUUUCCUACUCCAAUUAGUGGACUCGUGUGGUGCCUUAAUGUCCAGCUAAAACUGUUGGAUGCCCAGUGGCCAGAAGAAAUAACUUCAAUUCAAGAUGGUUGUUUAAUAACCGACAAAAACGGUGUAAAAAUUUACCAAGGGCUAUCUGUUCGUAUGGGUAUACAUUGGGGUUGUCCUGUACCUGAAUUAGAUUUGGUUACCCAACGAAUGGAUUAUUUAGGCCCUGUAGUUAAUAAGGCUGCCAGAGUAUCAGGCAUCGCAGAUGGUGGUCAAAUCUCUAUGUCAAGUGAUUACGUGUCAGAGUUCAAAAAAAUAGUCGGAUAUCACGAAAGAAUUACGAAGAACAAGGAGAGGUUAAAUGAAGUUUAUGGUGAAGAGAUUAUUGGUGAGGUUUUAGAAAAAGAAGUUACUAUGUUAGAAAGUAUUGGAUGGGUAUUUUUUGAGCAUGGUGAGCAAAAACUAAAAGGUCUAGAAACAAAGGAAUUUAUUACAAUUGCUUAUCCUAAGACUCUAGCAUCGAGACAUGAAUAUACAUCAGAUGUUGAAGAAGGAGAUGUCAAUACAGAUGCCUUAUUCCGACUAAGAUCAGCAUCUAAUAAACUUCAAGUCAUCUUAUCAGCAGUUAGUGGCGACUACUUAGAAUUAGAUACUUAUUCCCAAGGCUUACAUGGAUUUAUUGACUUAACUGAAAACUCGCAAGAUACAAUUUUGAAAGAUUUGAAUGAAAAAGAACUGAUGGCCUUUUUAGAACAUCUGGUUUCUAGAAUUGAAUCUACAGUGGCGAUACUGCAAUUGAGACAAAGAAUCUCGUCUGGUUUAAAUAUUUACGCUUCAAGUGAAAGAGUCAGCUCGACUCAAACAAGCAUAUUUGAAAUCGUUGACAUGCUUUUGGAAAAUUUGGGUAAAUGA